AUAAAGAUGCAGAAGAAGAAGGAUUUAGAUAAACCAGCCCAAGCACCUGUUUACUGGAUUGAAAUAUCUGAUUCUGUAUCACGCCGCUGCCAAUUUGAACAUGACGGUCAACUUUCUGUGUCACUUGUUGAUGACUCGAGACCAAUAGCCCAUAGAGUGGUUGAGUCCUUUCAGAAUAAAUUUUUCCCCUCAGGAUAUCCAUACAGUGUCAACGAAGGAUAUCUAAGAUACACACAAUUUCGAGCGUUGCAACACUUAACCAGUGCAACACUCUCUGUGUUAUCAACUCAGUCACUACUGUUUGCUGCAGGCUUGCGACCCACUCCAGCACAAGCAACUGUAGUAAGUUGGGUCUUAAAGGAUGGGAUGCAACAUGUCGGUAAGCUCAUAUGUAGUAAUUUAGGUGCAAGAAUGGAUUCAGAACCUAAACGAUGGAGAGUUCUUGCUGAUGUGCUGUAUGACUUGGGCACGGGCUUAGAAGUUCUUUCUCCAUUGUGUCCACAUCUUUUUCUGGAAAUGGCAGGCCUGGGAAAUUUUGCCAAGGGUAUGGCAGUUGUUGCAGCUAGAGCAACAAGGUUACCGAUAUAUUCUUCUUUUGCAAAAGAAGGUAAUCUCAGUGAUCUUUUUGCAAAAGGAGAAGCCAUCUCAACUCUUUUUAAUGUAGUUGGGUUAGGAGCAGGAAUACACUUAGCCUCUACUGUUUGUUCUACAAUGCAAGGAAAGUUGAUUGUGGGGCCUCUUCUUUCCGUCAUACAUGUAUACAGUGUCGUUGAAGAAAUGCGAGCAGCACCCGUUAACACAUUGAAUCCACAGAGGACUGCAAUGAUAGUAGCAGAUUUUUUGAAGACAGGAAAAGUUUCAAGUCCAGCUGACCUAAGGUAUCGAGAAUCGCUCCUAUUUCCUGGGAGACUCAUCGAAGAUGCUGGAAAUGUUAAAGUAGGGAGGGCUGUACACAAGGUUGUUAAGCCUUCGAAACUUCACAAACUGAGACAAAUAUUCCCUGAGGAGAAGUUUCUCUUAAGUCAUGGUGGUAAAUGUGUGGACAUGGUAUUGAUGCACAAUGCAACAGGCGAAGAUGCCCUUCGGGGUUGGCUCGUUGCUGCAUAUGUUGCACAAAUGGAGAAGUCCUUCCAUGAACCAAGUGCUAGUGUCUUGGAAGCAUCGUACCAGAAGAUGAACGAUGAAUUCGGUCCAUUCUUGUCUCAACUCCAGGUCAAGGGUUGGCACACCGAUCGGUUCCUCGAUGGAACAGGUUGCCGUUUCGCUAUGUAAACUUAUACUGUUAUUAAAUAGAUGGCAAUCAAUCAUUUUGAGAGGAAAAAAAAAAUAUGUCUAGGAGACUCAAGAGUAAGAUUUUACUCUUAAGUAGAAUAGGAUGUAGUUGCAACUUUGCAAUGAAAAGUUUUGAGAUCUUAGAGCAUCUCCAACGGAGAGCUAUAAAUAUGGUGUAUUACUGUUUUUUAGAACAUUUUGCAAAAAGUUAACUCUAAUUGUGAUUUAAAAUGUGUGCUAAAUUUGGCCCAAGCUAAAAAUUGUGCCAAAUUUGGCACAAAAGAUAGCAUGUGCUAAAUUUUAGCUCACAAUAAAUGACACAUUUUUUAAUUACCUAUUUGCCAUUCAUUAAUACUAUUCAUUAAUCAAAA